UUCACGGUCACAGCUACGUAGAUUCUUCCAGCCUCGAGUAGCGCCUCUUCAACGAGCAAACGGAAACGACUACGCAAGUGAACUAACGCGACGACGUACAAUGUCCCAGGAAAUAUCCUGCUGUCUCUCAAUUAGAAGCGCACAAAAUCAUUCAAGAUGGUGUUAGAAAGUAUCUCCAGGAUUAUCAAAAUGCAACUUCCAGCCUACCUCAAGAAACUACCCCUUCCAGACACAAUCGGCGGCUUUGCGAGACUCACAGUUUCAGAGUGGCUGCGGCUCCUACCGUUAUUGGGCAUUUUGGCUCUGUUGGGUUAUCUGACCAUCCGGCCCUUCCUGCCCAAGAAGAAAAAGCAAAGAGACAGUCUAAUAAAUCUGAAGAUCCAAAAAGAAAACCCUAAAGUGGUGAAUGAGAUCAACAUAGAGGACCUGAGGACUCCAAAUGUUUGCUACUGCCGCUGCUGGCGAUCUAAAACGUUUCCUGUUUGCGAUAAAUCACACAUAAAGCAUAACGAGCUGACAGGAGACAACGUUGGUCCACUUAUUCUUAAGAAGAAGACUCUGUAGCCCUCCUGCUUUGGCCCAUAUUACAUUUAUAGUUUUCUCCACUGAAAAACCUACUGUAAUUUAGUUUGUUGUACUUACCCAAAUCUAUUUCCAACUUGUUGCUGUGGUAUAGAGACGCAUAUAGCUGUCAAUUCCGACUUUAAUGCUCAAGAUAUUGUGGUUGAUCUGACAGAUUAAGUAUAUACCUUUGUGUUACAUUGCUCUGGUGUAUUUACUUUUUAUACUUCGCAAAUGUAGUAGAUUUUUUUGUGCAAUAUAGCUUGGCCAUAGCGAAAAAUGGCGAUUUUUGUCACCAAUCAGUCGUCUUGGCCAUGAAAGUGUCUUUUCUGUUCUUUAAUCUGCAUCUAGAUUCAGUUUUAAUGUUAAGUUGCCUUUUACUAUUACUGUUGUGCUGUCAUUGUGAU